GGACACGGCACUGCUACCCAGCUUUCUUCCUCUUUGGACCCCUCUGCUCGUCCUCGUCCUACGCUUCCUACUCGUGCGCCAUUCAAAAUUUUCUACUCCCCCGCGCGAAUCGUCACCCCGUGCUAUAAAACCCGGAGAUUUCUCGGUCAAACGCAGGCGAAAAUCUUUUUGCAGCUGCCAAGAUGUCUCGUCUCCGCCAUUGCUCGUUCCUGCUCCUCGCCGCCGUCUUUAUCCACCUGUCGAUAAGCUUUGUGACCGGAGAGCUUGUCAAUGGCGGCCACCAGGACCUCCCCGCGCUGCUCUCCUUCAAGGCGUACAACCCGAACGCCACGGCCCUGGCGACCUGGGUCGGCCCCAACCCGUGCUCCGGCGCGUGGUUCGGGAUCAGGUGCUACCGGGGCAGGGUGGUGGGGGUCUUCCUCGACGGCGCAUCGCUGGCCGGCGCCGUGGCGCCGCUCCUGCGGCUCGGCCAGAUCAGGGCGCUCGCCGUCAGGAACAACUCCCUGUCCGGCGCCCUCCCCCAGCUGGACAACGCCACGGCGAGCCCGUGGCUGCGUCACCUGCUCAUCUCCCGCAACCAGCUCACCGGGAGCCUCAACAUCUCGCUGGAUGCUCUGGUCACGCUCAGAGCGGAGCACAAUGGCUUCCGGGGAGGCCUGGAGGCGCUGCGCGCUCCGAUGCUCAGGAGCUUCAACGUGUCGGGGAACAGGCUCGCCGGUGAGAUCUCCGGCGACCUGUCCAGGUUCCCGAGCUCGGCUUUCGGUGACAAUCUCGCGCUAUGCGGCACGCCUCUGCCAAGAUGCGCUCGUGCUUACAAUGCGUUAGGAUCAGAUAGUUCCUCGAAUGCUACCACUAGUAUUGCUGCUCAGUCUCCUAGUGGUGGUGUCUCUUCCAGCAAUGGAGGUUUCAGUAAGCGUAGCUUGACUGCGCUCAUGGCCACCGGCAUUGGCAACGGGGUGCUCAUCACGGUCUCGCUAGCCGUCUCUGUUGCCAUGUUCGUCUACAUGAGGAGGAAGCUCCGGUCCGCGAAGGAUGCUUCGGAUGCGGCGUUGUGCCUCGAGGAGGAGGACAAGAGGAACGGAAGUGACGACAAGUGCCAGAAGAGCGGCGGGCUGGUCUGCUUCGAGGGCGGCGAGGAGCUGCGGCUGGAGAGCCUCCUCAAGGCGUCCGCCGAGGUGCUCGGCAAGGGCGUGUCCGGGAGCACGUACAAGGCGGUGCUCGAGGACGGCAUCGUGGUGGCCGUCAAGCGCCUGAGCGCUCUGCAGUUCCCCGCCGGCCGCAGCAAGGCGUUCGACCGACACAUGCGGCUCGUCGGCCGGCUCCGACACCGGCACGUCGUCAGCCUCAGGGGGUACUGCAACUCCAACGGCGAGCGGCUGCUCGUCUACGACUUCCUCCCCAACGGGAGCCUCCAGUCCCUUCUGCAAGCCAAUGGUGGAGGCGCGAGAAGCCUGGCCUGGGCGGCGAGGAAGAGCAUCCUGUUCGGCGCGGCGCAGGGCCUGAACUACAUCCACACGUUCCCGGCGCGCCCGGGGCUGGUGCACGCGAACGUGAAGCCGUCCAACAUCCUCCUGGACGAGCGCGGCGGCGCGUGCGUGUCCGAGUGCGGGCUCAUGCGCUACGCCACCAACAUCCAGCAGGCCAUCCUCCCGCAGGCCGCCCGGUGCCCGCCGGACCUGUUCCUGGGCCGGGCGGCGGCCACGACGUCGUCGGCGCCAGCGUCGAGCGGCGGGUGGCACGGGUACGCGGCGCCGGAGCUGGCGCCGGGCGCGGGCGCGAGCGCGAGGGCGACGCAGGAGUCGGACGUAUACAGCUUCGGGAUGGUGCUCCUGGAGGUGGUGACGGACCACAAGGCCGCGGACGGCGAGGAAGGCGGCGAGGGGGAGGAGACGAUGGGGAUGGUGAAGAUCGGCAUGCUGUGCACCGCCGAGGCGCCGGAGGAGAGGCCCACGAUGGCGCAGGUGCUCGCCAUGCUGAGCGAGUUCAUGUGAUGCGAGGCGACUGUGCUUGGCUUGUGAGUUGCCAUGGCCAUUUGCUCCUUGCCAGUAUGUACGUGCAGUACGUCGCCUUGUUGAGUCUAGCUUGCUACAUUGCAGAUGUCGAAUCGAAAUGCCGCGAGAAAAAUUCUUCAA